UUAUUGAAUCGACGACCAAAGGGACACUAUGACAGAGGAAGAUGCAUGGUAAUUGCACCUACUCGUUGAUAUAAAAGGGACAACGACCUUGAUCAACGUGCAUGGACUUGAACCAGUUAACACUCAAUUUAAGUUACAGUCACUUUAGCGUACACCUGAGUGUCUAAAUUUUAUACCCGAGCUCUGGCCCUAGCCUGCCUGAUUUGGGGUCGUCGAUCAGAUCAUGGCGUUGCGACUCUCUUUGGUGGCAGUCCUACUCCUGUUCUCGGCGGCUAGUACUACUACGACAACAGCAGCUGCUGCUCAAGCCCUCCCAGCUGACUGCCCAGACAAGUGCGGCAAUCUCACAAUUCCAUAUCCAUUUGGCAUGAAGAAGGGUUGUUACCUGCGAAAAGAAUUCUUUAUCAAUUGUAAGAAUACCACCCAAGGACCAACAGCAUAUUUGAUGGAAGGGAAUAUCAUUGUUACUAACAUUUCCCUUGAUGACGGUGAGUUGCAAAUAUUGGCCAACGUAGCUGAAGAUUGCUAUAACGCCGAGGGCAAUAGGACGUCCAGCUUCCGUUCUUGGCUCGAGCUGCCUCUUCCUUACACGAUCUCCGAUUCCAAAAACAAGUUCUACGCCGUUGGUUGUGACACGUAUGCAACCAUGCACGGCUUACUAUGGGAAGAUGAAUUCAUUACUGGGUGCGUGUCAGUAUGCUACACCCGCGGCAGUGUUGAUAAGAAGUCUUGCUCUGGCGCUGGGUGUUGCCAGACUAACAUCCCCAGUGGAUUGUACAAUCUCACUGUGAGGUUAAAUAGCUACUUCAAACAUUCGUAUGUGCUGGACUUUAACCCCUGCAGCUACGCCUUCAUUGCAGAGCAAGGGAAGUUCAAUUUCUCCCCUACCAGUUUUGAACAACUGAAUGGCACCGAAGGGCUUCCAAUGGUUCUUAAUUGGGCCAUUGGGAAUGAAAGAGACGCUUGUGAUGGAGCUCAGAAAAGGAAGGAUUUAGCAUGCAGAGGUAAUUAUAGCAUGUGCAUAAACCGGCCUAUCAAUGAGUCAGGAGGUUACUUGUGCCGGUGCCUGCCUGAUUAUGAAGGAAACCCUUACCAUCCAGAUGGUUGCCAAGGUGGUCUUUAAUUUAUAAUUUAUAUACUCGAUCUAUCAGCCAAAAUAUAUGGAAAGCUAGCUCUACAUUGCACUUUUACCAAAUUCAUUGAUUUGUGAUAUAUGGCUUUUACUUUCCUAUCUUCCAUUUCAGAUAUUGAUGAGUGCAAGACUUCAAACCCCUGCCAGAAUGGAAAGUGCUCAAAUUCUCCUCCAGGAAACUACUCUUGUUCAUGUCACAAAGGAUACAAACACGACGGCAUGAAUGACAGGAUCUGCAUCAAAAAAACUCUCAAAGAUGGAAGUCAUGCUUAUUGUUUCAUUGGGUGUAAGUGCAGGCUUCUUGGUUUCAUUCAUUGGAAUUGCAUGGUUAUGGUGGGGAAAUAAAAAAAGAAAAUUCAUCAAACUGAAAGAAAAAUACUUCCAAGAAAAUGGAGGAUUAUUGUUACAACAACAGCUUGCCAGUCAUGGAGGCGCCGUGGACACAACAAAAAUUUUUAGCGCAGAAGAACUUCAGGAGGCUACAAACAAUUUCCAUGAAAGUAGAGUUCUUGGCAAAGGAGGCUAUGGAAUAGUAUACAAAGGUAUACUGCCAGAUAACCAAGUGAUUGCCAUAAAGAAGUCAAAAGGUUGUGUCGGCAGUCAGAGUGAGCAAUUUGUCAACGAGGUAAUCAUUCUUUCUCAAAUCAACCACAGAAAUGUUGUGAAGCUUUUGGGUUGUUGUUUAGAAACAGAAGUGCCUAUACUUGUAUACGAGUUCAUCAGCCAUGGCACUCUUCAUGAGCACAUUCAUAAGAAAAGAUCAUCACUCUCAUUUGAAUUACGAUUGAAGAUAGCAGCUGAAGCAGCAGGAGCACUAGCCCAUUUACACUCCUCAAUUUCCACACCAAUCAUACAUCGAGAUGUCAAAGCAGCGAAUAUUCUGUUAGAUGAUAAGUAUACGACGAAAGUGUCAGACUUUGGAGCUUCACGAUUGGUUGCUUCAGGUGAAGCUGGAAUACAAACUGUGGUGCUCGGGACAGUAGGAUACCUGGACCCUGAAUAUCUGCAUUCAAACCAACUAACAGAAAAGAGUGACGUUUACAGCUUUGGGGUUCUCUUGGCUGAGCUUUUAACAAGCAAAGUGGCAGUUUCUAAAGAUGAAUUCUUAGCAAGCAUCUUUGUUGCUUCCAUGGAAAAAGAUUGCUUAAAUCAAAUGCUUGAUGAUGAGAUAGUGAAUGAAGGAACUAUUGAGAUGGUGAAAAAUGUGGCCGAACUUGCAAGAAGAUGUUUGAGGGUAAAAGGGGAGGAAAGGCCUACCAUGAGAGAAGUAGCCAUGGAGCUAGAAGGAAUGAUUAUGACAAAGCAUCCAUGGGGUUCUGCAGAUCAUUACUUUCCAGAAGAGACAGAGCACUUGCUCGGAUCACCCAAUACUUCCAAGGAUUACUCUGUGAAUGUUGAUGGUGGUGGUGGUCCUGGUACUGCCAGUGGGUCUAGCAUGCAAAUAGACAUGUCAAUGUCUUCAUAUGCUGAUGGGCGAUAGUCAUUUGACUCGUUAACAUUGAUGUAGUGUUUGUAAUGUAAAUCUAGCUAGAUAUCAGUAUGCUAAAACAGUAUUUAUCGGUAUUAAUCAAAGGCAUUGCCAAUAGGCCUUUUAGGCCAUGCUGAGAUAAUUUCUGUAGUAGAAGUGUCUUCAGUUUAGGGCUCUGGACCUCUGGUAUUGAAUUUUGUUGGGACAGUGAAAAAUUUGGUCAAUUGUUAGGCCUUCAGUGGCUUUAUGUUUUUCAGUCACCUUCUAGGCUUCUACCAAAAUACGCAGAGGUUUGGAUGCAAUAGUUCCGUUAGUUUCUCAAAGUGAACUUUAGCUUCUCAUAGUGAACUUCAGAUUUUCGAAUUGCAAAUGCAAAAUUAAUUACUAUCGUAGCAUACCUUCGGGUGGAAAUUAAAAUACAGAGGGAUAAAAUAGAGUUCAAAGUUUAAUAAAAUUGAGAUGUAUAUGCCUUAGUUAUUCUAGCUUGGCUUGUCUAGACCUCUGGUGGUGACGGACAAGAAGAAGGGAAAACGAAAAACAAAAAAGACUUUUGCUGCAGAUUGAGAAGGCAACAAACAACUAACAUGGAAGAGUUCAGAGACAAAGUAAAGCUAUGCUUGAGUAGCCAGCUGAGAUAAUGAAACUAAAAACCUACAGCUAGGAUUUAAUAGUAGAAUUCAGCAUAAUUACAAGAACAGAACACAUCAAUCCAAGGUACAUUACAGGUCAAGUAAAAGAUACACAUAAAUUCUGAUAUCCGCUUACAGAUUGGAAAGGAAAACAAAGUAGAAAAACAUGACUACAUGAAUUAUGUUUUCAAAUUAAGCUUGGAAUGGACUAAAUCUUAGUUAAGUAACUAUAUAUCUAACCACUCGUGCUUGACUUGGGACGCUAAUGACUAGUACUCCAGCAUAGAAGGGAUGA